GGUCCUCACCACACCCUGCAAUCCAAAGAAGUGCAUAGAGUUGCCAAACCUGCAUUCAGAGGCCAGUUCUACCACCUCUCUGCUUCUGUGGACUUAGUCGGGUCACCUAACUUCUCUGAGCUUCAUUCCCCUCAGAGGUAAAAAAGUAUCUGCCUUACGAUAUUGUGGGCAGAAAAGAUCAGGAGGGGGUAAACGGAGCCCUUUGGGAGGCUGUUCGACCAAAAGCCUGAAUUCGCCGGGCUCCGGAAAUCUUGUUUCUCUUCUCCGGACUGCGCCUCGGCCGGAACUCUAGUGCCCUAAGGUCUGGUUUGGCGCCGGACUGGAAAAGCAGACGGACGCACACGAAGAAAGUGGAGUACCCGGUCGGGAAAAGCGGAGAUCCGGGUGGAAGUCACUCGCGCGCUCCGGCGGGGAGGCCAGCAAGCACCGGCAGGCUGUUAGCGCGUCCGGGACGUGGGAGGGCCACACAGCCCCAGCAGGAGCCUUCUGUGCCUUAAAUGAGAUAAUAUAUGCCAGGUGGUUUGAAAACCUUACUGGAUCAGAGAACGCUCUUGUAGUCUUCAUUCCAUCUGAUCUUCAGAAGAAUACCUUAUGGUGGAACUGAGCUAUUUGCUGAAGCUUCUUUCCUUUGUAGCCCAGGGAGAAAUUUACAUUUUAUCUUACUAUGGCUUUGGUUCACAAGUUUCUGAGUAGCGCUUAUAUUUUCAGAAAAUGCCUGAAGCCAAGUGUUUCCUCAUGUCCAUUUUUGGGUAAUCGCUUUGCAGACUAUUGUUCUAGUAGUCUUCAGAAACCUGUGGCUGCUCCUGGCAAAACCUCCUCUCAAAGGAAUACUGAAGGGGAUUUGCAAGGACAUCACCAGAGAGAAGUUGCUUUGGAUAUAACCUCUCCAGAGGAAAAGCCGGAAGUUAGUUUUGAUAAGGCAAUUAAAGAUGAAAUAAAGAACCACUGUAGGCGUUUGAAGGAUGAUAUUGUGAAUUAUUGGAUCGGCCCUGAAGGCCGCCCCCUGCAUGAGGUCUUGCUGGAACAAGCCAAGGUUGUCUGGCAAUUCCGUGGAAAAGAGGACUUAGAUAAGUGGAUGGUGACUUCUGAUAAGACAAUUGGAGGCAGAAGUGAAGUGUUCCUGAAAAUGGGCAAGAAUAAUCAGAGUGCACUGCUGUAUGGAACUCUGAGCUCUGAGGCGCCUAAAGAUGGGGAAAGUGGCCGCAGUGGGUACUGCGCAAUGAUAUCCAGGAUUCCAAGGGGCCCUUUCGAGAGAAAGAAGUCUUAUGAUUGGUCCCACUUCAACACUCUGUAUCUCCGUGUACGUGGAGAUGGUCGGCCUUGGAUGGUGAAUAUUAGACAGGACACGGAUAUAAUCCAGAGGAAGAAUCAAAUGUACAGUUACUUCAUGUUCACCCGUGGGGGGCCCUACUGGCAGGAGGUCAAGAUUCCUUUCUCCAAAUUUUUCUUCUCUAAUCAAGGAAGAAUCCGGGAUGCCCAGUACCAGCUUCUGCUUGAUAAGAUCUCUUCUGUUGGAUUCACCCUGGCUGAUAAAGUGGAUGGUCCAUUCUUCCUGGAAAUAGAUUUUAUUGGAGUUUUUGCUGAUCCAGCCCACACAGAAGAAUUUGCUUAUGAAAAUUCUCCAGAGCUUAACCCAAGACUUUUUAAGUAGUAGAGAUGGUAUGGUAAUUUUGUACUACCAAACUGCAUAGUAUCAUUCAUGAUGACAGAGACAAAAUAUUUAACAGCUUCCCAUUAACGGCUGGUAUGUAUUCCCUGAGACAAAGCUAAAUGCUGUUGCCAAGAAAGGCCCCAUAGUGGGAGACACAGCCUGAAACCAGGUUCUAAGCAGUACUUCAGCUUAAAGAAUGCAAGUCCCGAUGUGGAGAUAAUAGGUAAAGAACUUAACUGUUUUGGGUUAGAAUGAUUCCUGUUAGGAAUUAUUCCUGCCCAAGUUGGUAUUGUCAAAGCAGGGUGUCUCUAAGAUGAUUGUUGAUGUCUUUGUCUCUCUCUGUUCCUCAUUGGUUUCUUAUGUUUUCUAAUCCAUCAUUUGAGGAAAGGAGACUGUUAAAG